AGAGUAGGAAAUUGUCCAUUUUAAACCAUUUGACUUGAUUUGAUUUGUCACUGCCUAUUGGCGCCUUUUCUUCCGGUUUCCUUUCUUCAGACAGACUUUUUGCCUUGCCUCUUUCAAAGUUACAAUAUCCAGCUUCUUGGGAAAUUAAAAACCAAAAUAAUUUGUAAAGCUUCAGUAAGAGAGUUAUGGAAGAAACAAUGGCGAAGCCGCCAAAACAAAGAGGAAGGCCCCCUAAGGUGAGAAUUGAAGCAAUGGAGAAGCGAAAAAGAGGAAAAUCCCCUACCCCUAGCCCUAAGGUGAGAGUUGAAGCAAUAGAGAGACGAAAAAGAGGAAGGCCCCCUAAGGUGGAACAAAAAGGAGGAAGGGCCCUUAAGUACGAUCCAUCGCUACCUGGGUUUUUCAAGAUUUAUUUGCCAGAACACAAUUCAAAGCAAUUGGUGAUACCUCUUCAUUUCAUCAAGAAAUUCAAUGGGAAGGUUUCCAAGGAAAUCAUCUUGAAAAACUUUCAGGGAAAAGUUUGGGAUGUGGAGUUAGAAAAGGCUGGAUCCAAGUUGCUGAUCAAAAAAGGAUGGGAAAGUUUUGUGAUUGAUAAUGCAUUAGAGCGAGGAGAGUUCUUGACCUUUACCUACAGGAAGAAAGAUGUUUUCAUUGUUGAAAUCUUCGGUAUUGAUGGGUGCGAGAAGGGAAAAACUAUGGCCACUGAUCAGUCUGAUGUGAAGCUGAAGCAGGAGCCAAACUUAGUUUCGCCUGAAGGAGUGACAACCACUAUACGAUUCACAAAAGUUAUGGAGGAAAAGACUUAUGACAUGAACAUUCCUGCGCGAUUAUUCAGUGAAUAUAACAUAGAAAUGCCCAAAGUUAAAACUUCAGAUGUGAUACUUGUUCGGAACAAACAAGGAUUUUCGCAGGAAAUGAAGCUCUGGCACAGGGUUGACCGUGUAGUGGUCAGUCAAGGGUGGAAAAAGUUUCUGCUCAAGUGCAAUAUAAGAAAGGGAAACGAGUGUGAAUUUGAGAUUGUUCUUGGUAAAGACAGAAAGAUCAAAGAGGUGAUUCUGUUACAAAUUCGCCCCACAAAGAAAGGUUGCUCGAAAAGCUGCUGUCGAAACUUGUUAGGCCAAAAAACAGGUGAACGGAUAUAAUUUUGCAGAGGCUCAUACUAGGUUAUGGAAGUACUGGUUUUUUUUUAUGGUUAUGGAACAACUUUUGCCAGAUUUCAACGAGAUCAAAUGUCGGUUUCUACGUGUAUGGGACGUGAAGAGACAAGUUUACAUAGUCCCUAGGCCUUUUCUUGAGCAUUCAAAUGUGAUACUCCUUUCAUCAAACUAAUAUUUUGUUACCUGUGCUUGAAUUUGGAAUACCAUAGCAGUGUAGUACAUUCUCGAACCUAAACUGAGGUUUUGGUAAUUGCUAGGUAACUAGAAUUUCAGAUUGGUUUA